AUGGGCCACUCUCUGGUUCCGUUCCUGUCUCUGGGGUGGCUUGCCACACUCACCAUCGCCCUCUGGUUUAUCCAGUCGCUACGCUCGUAUCUGCGACUGCGCCAGUUCCCUGGUCCCCCGGUCGCAGCGUGGUCCAAGCUGUGGAUGAUGCGGAGCACCCUGCAUGGCCGCAUGCACCUGGAUGUCGCCGAGGCCUGCAAGCAGUACGGGCACCUCACGCGGAUCGGUCCAAAUGAUCUAGUCACCGACGAUGCGCAGAUUAUUCGCAGAAUAAGCGCCGUGCGAUCGCCCUAUACCCGGUCGGACUGGUACAACGCAACGGCCUUCAGCCACAGCCUCAACCACGUCUUUUGCGAGCGCGAUGAGGAGCGCCAUAUCCAGCUGCGAAAUAAACUCAUCCCGGGGUACUCCGGAAAAGAAAACCUGCACCUGGAACAGAGCAUCGACGACCAGCUCACCGGCUUCUUCAAACUCAUUCGCGAGAACUAUACCUCCUCCACAAGCUCUUUCAGGGCAGUCGACUUUUCCCGUCUGUGUCAGUUCCUUACUCUCGAUGUUAUCACCGCGGUCGCCUUCGGGCAGCCCAUGGGGUUCCUGGAGCACGAUGAAGACUUGCACGGAUAUAUCGCGAACCAAACAGCAAUGUUGCCUAUCUUCGAGUGGUUCUCGACGUUGCCAAUUCUGGAGAGGAUAAUGCGUCUCCCGGGGAUCAGCCAGCUGGCUAUGCCGAAACCGACCGAUACGCAGGGUGCUGGGUUGUUAAUGGGAGUCGCGAAGAGAAUCGUCGCAGAACGGUACGGACCGGAUAAGAAAACUCGCCCCGAUAUGCUCGGCUCGUUUGUGAAGCAUGGACUGAGCCAGGAAGAAGCAGAGCAGGAGACAGUCCUGCAGAUCUUCGCUGGUUCAGAUACAACCGCGACGACAAUUCGAACAGCAACUCUCUUCUUAAUUACUAACCCCAUGGCCCUGGCUAAGCUCCAGAAUGAACUCGAUGAUGCAGCUUCACGAGGCCACCUCUCAAGUCCGGUAAUCACCUACGAACAGGCCCUCUCCCUCCCAUACCUCCAAGCCUGCGUCAAGGAAAGCCUCCGCAUCUGGCCACCAGUCAUCGGUCUAAUGCAAAAGGUCGUCCCGCCUGGCGGCGAUACGCUCGACGGACGUUUCGUCCCUGGGGGUACACUGAUCGGGUACUCUGGCUGGGGAGUACAUCGAGAUGUCAGCGUCUUUGGGAGCGAUGCAGACCUAUACCGCCCAGAUCGCUGGAUCGAGGCCGGGGAGGAGCAGCUGUUGGAGAUGAACAGGUCUAUGGAUCUGGUGUUUGGAUCGGGGAGGUAUGCUUGUCUGGGGAAGCAGGUCGCCUUGAUUGAGGUUUCGAAGGCGAUUGCGGAGAUAUUUUCCAGAUAUGAUAUCGUGCUUAUUGACCCGUCGCGCCCGUGGCAGAGUGUUAAUCGCAAUGGGCUGUUCUUGCAGUCGGACAUGAUGGUGCGGAUUUCGGGGCGAGAAUCCAUCAAUCGCAGUCAAUGAAGGCAUCUCAUAAUUAAUAUAUAUCUAAUUCGUCAGUAUAUUUUUUACAACCUGGAUGGGAGGUAUUUCAGUCUAUGGAACUUGUCAUCAUUAAUCUACUCAUUCAUGUCUAUAUCUCGCCCGCGAGUCCUCCGGCUCUGCAUCCUCAUGCGUAAUCUCAAUCGUCGUCUCCUGAUAAACGCCCUGCCCCAUAUUCAUAUUCUUCAUUUCCGUAUCGCCCUUCUUCACAAUCUCCUCCGUCGAAUCGUCCCGAUGAUCCAUGACGCUCUCGUUCAGCGUCUGCAGGCCCCGACGCACCCGAGAGCCCAUCCGUCCCCGUUUCCGCAUGUCCCGCGUCGUGCUGAUGUGCGUCUGGUGGUUGUUCGUCAUGGAAUACGCAGCGUAGAUCUCGUGGGAUG